AUGGUCAUAAAGUACGCUAAUGGUGGUGGUGGUGAUGGUGGUGGCGACAUUCGCUGUGGUCCAACUAAAAACUCUGCUCAAAGGGCAAGUGUGCACACACACACAGACCUUGGCCUCGGUGUGAGCACUCGCCAUUCUCAGCCGAGCAGACCUCGAGAAUGGAGGCGUUCUUGGAUGUGUUCUACUCAAUCUGUGCCAACGGUUCUGGUGGAGGGAGGUAGUGGUGGUGGUGGUGGUGGUGGUGCUGCUGCUGCUGCUGCUGCUGCUGCUGCUGCCUAUCUCAGAUACGAACCAACGCACAGCACAACCACGACUUCACACGAAAACAAUCUUCUUCCCUCCUAA